AUGACGGAGCAAUCAACGAUGGCAAUUCUAUUCGAGGACAUAUCCACGAAGAACUGUCUUUUCGAACGAUCUGCCAUGGAAUGCCUCGCGGACGCAACCUGGCUUGAGAAAUAUCUCAUUCAACGCGGCGGCAGAUGCAAGCCUACCAAUAUCGAAGCUCCCAGCUGCGAAUUCCCGGAUAACCCUGUUGAGCCGGUUAUGCCAAUUAGCAAGGCUGUCGGCAUUGAGCGUAAACUACUCGAGGACCUCGAACGAUUGAUGGCACUAGCAAGCAAGACUGGAAAUUUCUCGCUCUGUGCUGUCCUCGACAAACGGUACUUAUACAAGCAGACUCGCCAUGUCAAGGACAUGGCAGAUCUCCUACAGCAAACUGUUCGCGUGUCGAAGCAUCCUGGUCAUGGUAUUUUCCAUCUUGACCGCGAGCUGCGUAUCAAUCAGGGCACCCUGCCAUGGGGCAAUGCGAAUGAUCCUGACGCCAUCGAUACAGCUUUGCAAGCCGUCUGCACACAAUUGGGCAAGAGUGACGUGUCUUCUGGUGAAUAUUGUGAUUGA